AGGUGGGGUGGGGGCUCUGUUUGUAGUACUCUCAGUCCUGAUGUCACAGGCGCGGCAAGGACAUCGCAAGGAGGAGUCGGGUUACAGUAAGGAUGGGCAGCGCAGCAGGCAGCCUGAGUGCACGCUCCAGCGGCCGGGGAUCAUAGCCCUGGAAAGGCAGCCUGCGAAGCGCUCAUCCCACGGAGCAGGCACGCUCGGCGCUCCUGCUCUCCGCGCUGGAGACGUUUCCACCGAGUGUAGCAUGAAACGGCUCUGCUCGGAGUGUCAGCCUGGGGUGCGAGCUGAGGCUGAAGACGCCGCUGCGGUGGGGUUCCAGCUGUCUGAUUAAUGAGAAACAUAAUGUAUUUUGGUGGUACAUGCCAGAGUCCUGCUCUCCCAGCCCUGGUCCGUCCACCAGCCCCUCCUUUGCAACCAUCGCUGGAUAUUAAACCAUUUCUUCCCUUUCCUCUUGACACCGCAGCUGCAGUCAACCUUUUCCCCAAUUUUAAUGCGAUGGACCCGAUUCAGAAAGCUGUAAUAAAUCAUACAUUCGGGGUUCCUCUUCCUCAUCGAAGAAAGCAAAUCAUAUCAUGCAACAUUUGCCAGUUGAGAUUUAAUUCUGAUAGCCAGGCUGCGGCCCACUACAAAGGCACGAAACAUGCCAAGAAGCUCAAAGCACUGGAAGCCAUGAAAAAUAAGCAGAAAUCUGUAACUGCCAAGGACAGCGCAAAGACUGCCUUCACCUCCAUCAAUACCAAUACCAUCAAUACCAGCUCUGACAAAACAGACAGCACCGCCGGGACACCAGCAUUAUCCACGACGACAAGUGAGGAAAUCUGCAAAAGCAGCGUUAUGACAACUGAGAUCACCUCUAAGGUGGAAAAAAGCCCCACAACACCCACUGGCAAUAGCUCAUGUUCUUCCACAGAGACUGAGGAAGAAAAGGCAAAACGGCUUCUUUACUGUUCUCUAUGCAAGGUUGCUGUCAACUCUGCCUCACAGCUGGAGGCGCACAACAGCGGUACUAAGCACAAAACCAUGCUAGAAGCACGAAAUGGAAGUGGGACUAUAAAAGCCUUUCCUCGGGCAGGAGUAAAAGGCAAAGGACCUGUUAAUAAGGGAAACACUGGCCUCCAAAACAAAACGUUUCACUGUGAAAUCUGCGAUGUGCAUGUCAACUCGGAAACACAACUUAAGCAACACAUUAGCAGUAGAAGGCACAAAGACAGAGCUGCUGGGAAGCCCCCCAAACCUAAAUACAGUCCCUACAACAAACUGCAGAAAACAGCACAUCCACUGGGGGUAAAAUUAGUAUUUUCAAAAGAACCUUCAAAGCCAUUGGCUCCCAGAAUUCUUCCAAACCCAUUAGCAGCUGCAGCAGCAGCUGCUGCAGUGGCUGUGAAUUCUCCCUUCAGUCUCCGAACUGCUCCAGCAGCCGCGCUGUUCCAGACCUCUGCACUUCCGCCCGCACUCCUGCGGCCAGCGCCUGGACCCAUUCGGACCGCCCACACUCCUGUGCUCUUUGCUCCCUACUGAAUUCCUAGCAGGAGUUACUGUACUGCAAUAAUUUUUCAAAAAACAAAACAGAAAAACAAAAGAGAACUAUGCAGUGUUUAUUUAUAGUUUAAGGUAUAUAUGAAGAGCCAGGACUUUUGAUAGUGAACUAAAAAGAUUAUUAAAAGAGGGACGGGAUUGGGGGCGGGAGGGAGGGAGUGGUAUUUUCUCCAAAUUAAAGCAUUCCUCUUGAACAGUUUUAGAAGUGACCUCCAGCAUUGACUCGUAGUGGUAUCUAGACCUCCUGAAGCCUUUGUGACUGUGCUUUGGGCACCUGUUUCCCCCUGCAUUGUCUUUCCUGCUUUAUGAAACAACUACACAUUGUCUAAGGGCAUUAACUGGUUCCAAUGUAUAUAUAAUUUACUCUGUAGAUUCAAAUAAUGCAAAAAAGGAAAAAUAUCACAAAAAAACGAAAGCAACACUGUGAAUAGUAGUACCCGCGCUGAUCCUCUCGCUAUGACAGCAGUUACUGGGUAUUUAUCCCCACAACGUAGAUACAGUAGAUGUCUUGUAAAACCGUAGUGCUGUGUCUCAAUCUAUGCCAUUAGGAUUUAAAGAAUUGUAAAAGGUAGAAUGAACAACUAUUUCAUACCAGUAAGCAGUAGUAAAAAAUAAACACCAGAUGGUGUUGUGGAGGCCUCCCUGGUCAACAUUCUCCCCUCCUGCCCAGCUGGGAGUUAGAACAGGGAUAGGCUUAAGGGUGGGAGAGGGAUCAGUGAAGGUGAUUUCUUACCACGCACUAAUUUCCCGCCCUGAAGAAGGAUCGCUGGAAACAGGGAACUGUCUGUAAUGAGUUUAUAUCGGAACACAGAGAAACCCAUGUCUCAUGGGUAUUUAGAAAGAAACGAGUACAACCAUUCUGUUCCAAGGAGCAAUCACAGUCUCGGAUGAUCUUUCAGAUGAUACAAAGUAAAGAUCUUUCUUGUUAGUACAUAUCUUAUAAGAGACUGUUGUGUCUCUGCCAUAUGCCCUUUAUAUCAUACCAGUAGGGUUGUCUCAAAGGUUUCUGUUUUGAAUAUGAUGACAGAACGAAGCAUUAACUAUUGUUGUGGGUUUAUGAUUUUUAUGAUUUUCUACUGACAUGAUAUAAACAAAUUUUAAGAACAAGAAACAAAUCUGAGUUCAUUGUAUACCAAUGAUAGAUACAGUGUUACAAAGUACUGGUAAGGUCCACUAGACCAUCCUUUCACUAGUGGAGUUGUGAAAUACUGACAGGCUUUGAUAUUCACCAUAAAGCUGAAAGGAGUUGAUGUUUUACCUUUAAAACAAGAUUUAUCAGGGGUAUAUAUAAAUAUAUGUAUAUUGUAUAUAUGUUAGAAAGAAUAAGAGAAUAACUUAUAAAGAGAAAAUCUAUAUAAUCUAUAACCAUUCAGUGUUACAUGUUAUCAUUAAAUUGGUAACAAAUGGCAUAAAAUAGCUGUGCCUUUAAUUUGUGAUAAAGGCUAUUAGCUUUUUCCCAUAGAAAGCAAACAUAUACCUAUCAAUGUGGUGGAGUUUGAUGCAUUAAUAAGAACAAAACUCAAAUAUAAAGCAAGGAAAAAACAUGUACAAGUCAAUCCUAUGUGAUUUAGAUUUAAAGAAAAAUUAUUUUUGAAAAGGUUUUAUAAAGGCUAUUUAAAAAUGUAAGGAAGGGCUGGGUAUAGCCUUCCUGAAACUGCUCUUAUCUAAACUAUGGUGACCUUCAAAGAGGUUUAAGGAAUCAAGGCAAAACCAUUGGAGAGAUAGGUAUUUAGCAUUUGUCCUUUUAUAUUUAAGAAACAUCCAUAGCGCGCUUGGUGCUCAACAUUAAACAUUGUCUUUGGAGUACUUCUCCACUGUCUUGCUGUAGAAAUUUCUCAUAUAAAUGUAUCUUGAAGGCAGUUGGCUUUAUAUAUUUUUGUUACACAAACAACCAAAAUAAAACUAAAAAGAGAGAAUAAAAGAAAAGGGCAGAGAAGGAAGGAAGGAAGGAAGGAACAAAGGCAGGAGAGAGAAUGAGAAAAUGUGUCCCAUUAGUUUUCUGAUAAGAAUUCAAGCCAUGCCUUCAUUAAACAUGUUGGUUAGUAUUAAAAUGUAUUUCUGAAAGUACUGUAUCUGGUGAUUUCGAAUUUUCCAAUCUCCCUCUCUCCCUCUCUCCUCUCUCUCUCUCUCUCUCUCUCUCUCUCCCUGCACAGAACCUGCUAGCUAGUUCAGUCAGGUGAACAUGAGUUUGGUACUUUUAGGCUCUGGGUCUAUCCCAUUCUAACCAUCUUGAUUUUUUUUCUUUUUUUGCAGUAUGAAAUAUUUUGAUCUUUCACUGUAGUCAUCCCUAUACAGCAGUCUUUGCAUCUGAUGAGGUCUCUCUGUUGGAGAACUUGAUGUUAAUUGAUGCAUUGUGCUUUUGUUGUCCUCAUUUUUGCCAAUGUGAAUGAGCCAGUCCACUAAAAGUCAGGGCCUGUGGAUACAGAAUCCUGGGUCACAAGGUGUUACUAACUGUAGUGAUUUUCUGGGAACAAACAAAUCAGCCAUAUUUUCUUCAUCAGCCAUAUGAGAAAACUCAGAAAUACCUGGAUCCCUUCUGCCUCACUUUGCUAUGGAACCAUUUCUGUUUAAAUGGUCUCUUAAAUUGGAGUUGUAAACAUCAGUUGUCUUUUAUUCACUACCUAAUAAAGGAUGAAGCCUAACCAUAGAACUUACAGUGGAUUCUCUGUGAAUUGUUUCCUCUUACUCCAUGUAUUUAUCAAAAUAGGAUCAACAUCUGUUAUAGCUCAGACUGCUACAAAGUUAUAUCCUUUCCCUGAAGGAGCCUUUUUCAUGAAUAAAGAUUGACAAUUCAGAUUGGUCA